AUGAUGAGCAGCCGGGCUGGAGGCCGGCCACAGGAGGCCCAGGUGGAGGGAGAUCCUACCCACUCACUGGUGCCCAGUCAGAUGGAGACACCUGAGGGCAUCCAGGAGGAGGUGCGGGGCAAGGGGAAGAGGUUGUCUGGAGCCCCGGAUCGGGGAGCCCCGCCAUUAGCAUUCUCGCUCAUGGACAGCAGCCCACCCCCACCGGAGCCCCUGGCCACCCCGGCUCCUCAGACCCAUCCCUGCCAGCUCUCCAUGUCCCUCCACGCUCCUGACGAGCAGUUCCGUCUGCCCAGUACUCUGGGCCAGAGGCCUGAGAACAGCCCCCAGCUCCGCCCGCAGCCCUUGUGCCAAGUCACAGAGUCGCGCUUGUUCUACCUGCUUCGUGACACCACCACCCUCACUAGACCUGAAGACAACAUCUGCCGGGCCACUUCGAGGAGAACUUCUGCCCCUUGA